GGCCCCGCCGGCUCCGCGCCCGGGCUUUGUCUCGACCCGCUCAGGACCCGCGGUCUCUGUGUCCUUGAGCGUGCAGCCGGCACCCUCAAGGCGCAUGCGCCGCCUGCACCCCUGGGGUCAGAGGUCAUGAGGAAGGUCGGGGAAGGAGCCGGGUUGGGCGCCUGGCACUGAAGUUAGCGGUCAAAAGAAAUGGGCCCGCUAGAGGUCACAGGUCACGGGAGGGGCGCUUUUGGCCUCUGGCUGAGUGCCAGGCCCAGGGCUAAACCCUUAGCAUCUUCGAGCCCCCUCCGUUCUCGCCACUUCCCAUUUCACAGAUGAGAAAACCCAAGGUCACUCGGCAGGCAGGCUGGGAGACAGCUCCAGAAGGGCCUUGAUGCUGGGGAGAGGAAUUCGAUCUUGAGGGUUAUUUUUAUUUAAGCCUUUAAAGGGUUCCCUCAGGGGAGGGCCGGGGCCGGGGGGUGUAAAGGGAGGGGUCCCGCCUGGUUCACAUCCUGGUCCCACCCCCCUUAGUGUGUGACUUUGGGCAAGUCACUUAACACGACUAAGCUGUAGCUUCUCAUCUGUGCCUCCCUCUGGGGUCCUCAUGAGGACAAAGUGACAGUGCACGUAACCCCUAGCACAGUGCCUGGCAUGAUGCGCUGCCUGACCACGCCCAUGCUGCUUAGGGCCCUGGCCCGGGCCCAGGCUGCACGUGUAGGGCAUCCCAGUAGCCGGAGCGUCCACAGCAGCGCGGUGGCAGCCACCUACAGCCUGGGCAUGACCCUGAGUUACCUGUUCCGAGAGCCGGCCACCAUCAACUACCCGUUCGAGAAAGGCCCGCUGAGCCCGCGCUUCCGUGGAGAGCACGCGCUGCGCCGUUACCCAUCUGGAGAGGAGCGCUGCAUUGCCUGCAAGCUCUGCGAGGCCGUGUGCCCAGCCCAGGCCAUUACCAUUGAGGCUGAGCCACGGGCCGAUGGCAGCCGCCGGACCACGCGCUAUGACAUCGACAUGACCAAGUGCAUCUACUGUGGCUUCUGCCAGGAGGCCUGCCCCGUGGAUGCCAUUGUCGAGGGCCCCAACUUCGAGUUCUCCACAGAGACGCACGAGGAGCUGCUCUACAACAAGGAGAAGCUGCUCAACAACGGGGACAAGUGGGAGGCCGAGAUUGCCGCCAACAUCCAGGCUGACUACCUCUACCGGUGACCAGCCCGCCGGCUGGCCCGAGGCCCCUCCUGCCCAAUAAAAAGCUCUGACCU